CAUUUGCAUUAUCAAAAUUCUAAUUCAAACAAACAUUUCGAUCUUUUUCCAUAACUUACGUUCUCUAAGUCUUCAAAUGGCCCUCAAUGCAAUGUAAUCUUCAAUGCAGUAUUUUAGUGCUCCCCUGUGUCCAGUUUCACGUGAUUUUAGAGGUCUGUUUUUGGUCACUUUGAAGGCAUUUUUGGUGCCUCGUUUAGGUUUGUUUUGCCUUUCUUUUGCAGGAGGAAUCGGUGUCAGCAUAAUGCAAGAACAACUCAUGUGAGUCGAUCAUGCACGAAGACAAAUGAAUGUAAACGAAUUACAGGGUUUGUUGUAUGAUGGUAAGGGGCCUAUUAUUUUGGCCAAAAUUUUGACUUUCAAGAAUAUACACUAGCCAAAUAUUUUGUACGGUCAAAUACCACAAUCUUCUAAAGUAUAGCCAACCUAUAUAUUGCAAUACUUUGGGCACUGGUAUAGAGCUUGAAGUGAACAGGAGGCUAGUGCAACAAACAUCCUUAGUCCUCUUUGCAUGGGUGGGGUGAGUGUGAGCGUGUGCGUGUAGCUAGCCCUUACCACGUUACGAGUUAAGUAAAUAAGGACCAAACAGCAAGGAUAUUUGAAAUCCUCCAAACACUUUUGGUCGUCGCAAAAUUAUUGUAAUCAUGAAUGUAUGUCCCCACAGCUUCGAAAUAAUAGUAUAUAGGAAAGUUUCGCUGGCAGUGAUUCGGGGUGGAUUUGGCAGUAUAUUCUAUUAGCAAAUUUGUGUCAGGUUGUGUUUACUGUUUCUGAGGCGUGAACUGCAUGCAUUGUAUCACUCAGAGAAGCCAAUAACCCCAUUGGUUUUUCUAUUUUCGCACUGAAUUUGAGCAUUUGGCUUCACGGAAACCCUUUCUAACUUCUUUGCAGGUGUAACAUUACGAACGGAAGUCGUCAAUGGUAUACACAUGUGGAACUUGAUGCACCCAUAAAUGAGGAACUUCUUGUCAACAUCAACUGGAAAUCUAGUGAUGUGGAAGGGCUUGAGGUGAAUGUUUAUGUAAAUGGAAGUGUUUUUACAUCAAGUAUGUUUUAUUCAAAACCAUGGUCUUCAUGGUUUGGAGAAUCGCAGCUUUAUCUUGGAUGCGCAGCUGAGUACAAAUAUCCGUCAAAUAUAAUCAUUAAAGAGUUUGCAGUCUGGCAUCGGACCCUCUCAUCGGAUGAACAACUACUAAUAUUUCAUGGAUCUGACCAACCUGAAGAAGCUACAACUGACGCACCUACCACGCAGUUUUCAAGAGGAUCAACAAACUACACUUGUAACAGCAGCAAUGUUGCUACUGGAACAACUCCAAUUUCGGUCUCGCUGGAGGAUCUGUUAAAUAAGGAACUUGGCAACAUCAGCCUGGAGGAAGGUAAGGAGAUUCUAGAACAGGCACAAAGCAUCUUGGAUGGCGAAAAUCAGGUUAACCAAGCCUCACAUCUCGUAUCAUUAGUGGACAUUUACAUCACUGUUGGCAAUGUUGAUGAACUGCAGAACGCUACCUUGGAGGACUCUCUGUCAUUUGUGCAGACUGGCAUAUCAUUAGCUAAUUCUCUUCUGAGGGACAAGUACACCAGUUUCUUUAAAGAGACCAGUUGCUCUAAACCUUGCAAUGACUCGACAAGCUCCCCAGCUGGCAAAAUUGCAAAUACCACCGAGCAUCUGAUGUUGUCCCUCGCUGAUAAGAUUCUGGAAAGAGACGGAGAAUCCUUCUCUUCUAGCAGUGAUAACAUUGGUUUGUAUAACUCACGGUUCAUUGUUAUUCCUUUGAUAUUUAUGUUAGUUUCUCAUCUCAUCUGCAUUGGCUCUUUGGCAGUGUGACUGCCAUUUUGAAAGCCUUCCUUUAUCAUUGCCACUUUCACAUUCAGCAGUGUAAAUUGUGUAACCUGGACGUGGAGUUCUAGGCCGCCGCCGGUGGUGGAGUGUUAGGUCCAUUCGUAUUAGGUGAUGAGACAUCAAGGACAAGUGAGUUAACCCAAACGAGUGAAUCAGACACCAGAUAGACAAUCCAAUAUUUAUUUUAAUUGUUGAUUCAUUUGUUUCGUCUCAGGUCUUGAA